ACUUCAGUACUUCUCGCUCGUCCGCCCCUCUUCAAACCGACUAGACGGUAACAACAUUACAUUAAGGUUUGGGUAAUUGGGUUUGGCCAUUCCUAAUUUCCUAUUCGUUCGUUCGUCGGUAAAAGAAGAAAGACAAAGAAAGAGAUGGAUAGAGAGUGGGGAUCGAAGCCAGGAAGUGGUGGCGCAGCCUCAUCACAAAAUGAAGCCAUCGACCGUCGUGAACGUCUCCGACGACUCGCUCUGGAAACCAUCGACCUCGCUAAAGAUCCUUAUUUUAUGCGCAAUCAUCUCGGCAGUUACGAGUGUAAGCUUUGUUUAACAUUGCACAACAAUGAAGGCAAUUAUUUGGCUCAUACUCAAGGUAAACGCCAUCAAACUAAUUUGGCUAAACGAGCUGCUCGUGAAGCUAAAGAGGCUCCUGCCCAACCUCAGCCUAAUAAACGCAAAGUUAAUCUCCGUAAAACUGUCAAGAUUGGUAGGCCUGGGUACCGAGUAACAAAACAAUUUGAUUCUGAGACAAAGCAGAGGUCUCUUCUUUUCCAGAUAGAGUAUCCUGAGAUCGAGGACAACACCAAGCCAAGACACCGGUUUAUGUCUUCCUUUGAGCAGAGGGUUGAAGCUUUUGACAAAAAAUUCCAAUAUCUUAUGUUUGCUGCAGAGCCUUAUGAAAUUAUAGCUUUCAAGGUUCCUAGCACAGAAAUUGACAAGUCUACUGCUAAAUUCUUCUCACAUUGGGAUCCUGACUCCAAGAUGUUUACGUUGCAGUUAUAUUUCAAGGUCAAGCCACCAGAAGCAAACAAACCACAACCUCCUCCAGCACCAAAUGGUACUUCAGCCCCAGGGGUCCCACCAAGGCCUCUUGCCCCACCUCCUCAUGCACCUCCACCACCGCCUGGACCCCCACCGGGUGCUCCUUCUGGAAAUCCUCCGAGAAUGCCACCACCUCCACCACCAUCAAUGACCAAUGGGCCGAGGCCGUUGCCUCCUGGUGGGGCACCUCCAGCACCACCACCUCCCCCAGCAGGUAGUGGAGGAAUGGCAAACUUUACAAUGGGGAACCAACUGCCUCCUCCACCACAAGGUUUUCCAGGCCAACAGAUGCAAGCACCACCGCCACCACCGCCCAACAUGGGCCAGUAGCUGUGUUGUUUACAAACUUGUAGGUUUUUGCCUGUGAAAUUUCUGCUAGAUGCUGUAUAAGAUUGAGCUAGUGUCUGACAAGUUUUUUGGCGGGAAUUAUUCCGUAGUUUAACUACUUUUGUAACAAGGUGGACUCAUGUUUUCAUUUUUUUUUAUUAAACUCUGCGAAAUGUCCUGUAAUUGAUCCAAUUCUUCUUUAUCUGUUACAAAAUUUCAAAUUAAAACUUGAA